AUGAUGCUUAUGAAGAAUUGUAUUGUGCGAAGAACGAUACCCAGAGUAUUCCAUAGAGGAUAUAAGGUCUUAUCAAUAGAGACCAGUUGUGAUGAUACAUGUAUCGCACUCAUGGAAAGAUCUAGUGAUAAAGUAGAGUUGAUUCAACAUAUUAAAUCAACUUUAGAUUCUACUGAGUUUGGUGGGAUAGUUCCUACUAAAGCUUUCAAUCAUCAUCAAACAAAUUUGGCAAGAAUCACAAAAGAACUACUGGAGAACAACAACCUAACAAUAUCAAAUCCACCAGAUGUUAUAUGUGUCACAAGAGGUCCAGGAAUGGCUGGAUCUUUAGGAGUCGGUAUAGAAUUUGCAAAAGGUUUAUCAGUUGUAUAUGGGAAACCAUUUGUUGGUGUUCAUCAUAUGCUUGGUCAUUUAUUAGUACCAAGAUUUGAAAGCUCUGGUAAACUUCCCCAAUUCCCAUUCUUAAAUCUAUUAGUUAGCGGAGGUCAUACAAUGUUAGUUUUAUCCAAAGAUUUGUUAAAUCAUGAAAUUCUGUGUAAUACUGUGGACAUUGCAGCUGGUGAUGCUUUAGAUAAAUGUGCAAGAGAAAUAGGUAUCAAAGGAAAUAAUUUGGGUAAAGAAUUAGAAAUUUUUGUUAAUGCCAAACCUGAAGAUUGGAACUAUAGAAAUUUUGAUAUGCCAAAACCAUUAUACAACAAGAGAGGAAGAAUGUUUAUGCCAGCUUAUUCAUUUGCACCAUUCCAUGGUGCAGUACAAAGACUUGUGGAGAAAGAAAACUUAAACCUUGAAGAUGAAGUAAUUAAAAGAUGUGUUGGUCAUCAUAUUCAAAAGGCAAUAUUUGGUCAUAUGAUUGAUAAAUUAACUCUUGUCUUAGAAAACAAUAAGGAAAAAUUGAAAGAUGUUAGAGAUUUUGUUGCUUCAGGUGGUGUUGCAUCAAAUAUUACACUACGGAACAUGCUAGAUAAAGGUUUGGAAUCAACAAGUAUUGAAAGAACAACAUAUCCAAAUCCAAGCUUAUGCACAGAUAAUGCUGUUAUGAUUGGAUGGGCUGGUAUUGAGUUAUAUGAAAGUGGACUCACUACUGAAUUAUCUAUCUUUCCAACUCCUAAAUGGCCAUUAUCAGAUUUACUAAAUGUCCCAUAUUGGAUAAAGAAAGAAUAA